CUUCGCAGUGCAAAAUUUCUCACCGAGUCAGUUUGAAUCAGAAUCUCAGUCAGCGAACAACGUUGAGUCCAAGCAAAUCAGCAAACCAGCAAACAUGACAAUUGAAGUCAAUACUCCCGAUAAACUGGAAUACCAGUUCUUCCCGGCCUCCGGGGCAGUCUUUACCUUCAAGGUGCGCUCACCGAAGGAUGCUCACCUCGCUCUCAGCCCAGGUCCCCAGCAAGGUCUCCCAAUUUACGAGAUUUUCAUCGGCGGAUGGGAGAAUAGCAAGUCGGUCAUUCGCAAGGAUGGUCAGAAGCCUGAAGUUGCCGAAGUGCCGACACCAGACAUUCUGAAUGCUGGUGAAUUCCGUGGCUUUUGGGUGCGUUGGUAUGACAAUGUUAUCACCGUCGGUCGUGAGGGCGAUGCUGCAGCUUUCUUAUCUUAUGAUGCCGGCUCAUUGUUCCCGGUGAACUAUGUGGGCAUCUGCACGGGCUGGGGUGCCAGCGGCACAUGGCAGAUUGACGAGGCUCCAAAAUCGUCGCCAAUAGGCUUCACUGAGCCAACUGGAAGCGGACCCGGUUCCUGGGUAGCCGCAGCUAAUGGCGAGGUACCCACAAAUGCUCUCCAGGGCGGUUUCGACAGCAGUGAGCAGUUAUACAUUGCACGCGCCCGUCAUGAAGGCGACCUCAUUCCCGGCAAACUGCAUCCAUCCCAUGGCGUGACCUACAUUGCCUGGGGAGGCGCUGAACAUGGCCACAACGAGUACGAAGUUCUUUGCGCCGCAGGCGGCCAAUGGGUGCCCGUCGAGGCUUCUAACAUUCCACCAAACGCCUUUCCUGCCGGCGAGACAGCCGAAGGCGAGCCGCUCUUCAUCGGACGCGCCACCCACGAUGGCACCGUUACAGUUGGCAAGGUUCAACCCUCUCACGGCUGUUGCUACAUACCCUACGCUGGCGAGGAGCUGGCAUACAAGGAGUUUGAAAUCUAUGUCUCAAACUAAGGUCAGCUUGAGUGUAGCUAUCUUAACAACUCCAAGCAGCGCAAUUUUACGAGUAUUUAACUUAGUUAAACUCGGCAUCUUAGAUGUAUCUUGAGACUCACGCACUGGAAUUCGAAUAUGCAACAUCUGCUGCUUCCACGUCUUACUGACAGCUAUAUAGGCAUUUUCUAAAAUUUGUUUCUUUUGUUUAUUUAAUUAAUUUCUUUCUAUUGUUGAUGAAUCUCAAAAUUGAAUAGCAAUAGUAACUCUUUAUUUUAUACAUUUUGUAACUUGCAAAAUUUAACUAAAGUGUUGUUAAUAAAUUUUAAAUAUAAGCAUAAAAA